AGAUUGAUUUGACAAUCACUGUUGAUGCAAAUGAAACUCGUAAAAGGGCAGAAAUCAGCAGCCAAAGAAGUCAGCUUUGGACAAAGGACGUGUCUCGCUUUAUCGUGUUUUCUAAUAAACCUCACUGUUAUAGCUUAGAACUAAGAGUACCGGUCAUCGACAGAAGAUUUUUUCAAGUCUUGGAGAGACCGAUAGUUCUAAAGGUGGAGUACAGAAUAAGUAAUACAUCAGAAUCUGGAAGAGUUAGAGCUAUUCUGAAAAGGGACGUCACUCCAACAUUCUACGGAAAGGCACGGUUUGACACAGGUUGUAAAUCAGAAGAUGGAAUUUGUAAAUCAAAUCUGAAUCUCCAUGUGACCUUUGAUAAGAAAAGACUUCUGAUCGGCAAUGACACCAUCUUACAAAUGAGAAUAGUUUUGAAAAACUCUGGAGAACCGUCCUUCAAAACAUCAAUAAUAAUCGAACACUCUAAGCUGGUGCGAUUCAAUACAUUGAAAAUAAGUCAGUCAUCUGUGAAAAUGUCUUGUAUGGAUAUAAAAGACAAUAAAUCGAUUGAAUGUGAGAUUCAAGAUCCUUUUUAUCAACGUAUGAAAGGAGAACUCGAUGUGUUUUUCGAAGUUUCCAGAAGUCUGUUGGAAUCGACUUCCGGUUAUGUAUCUACAAGAAGCCUCGUUUUCAAUGUGACUUCCGUAACUAACAACGAUAUUUAUCCAGAAGAUAACACAGUUGUUAAAAAUGUACCUGUUGCCGCUUUUACAAAUGUAACUUGUCACAGGUCAGCAUCCGAUGAACAGAUAACAUCAGCCAACAGCAGUAUACAGUUCUCAAACAGCUACCGACUCUUCAACGACGGACCCUGUGUUAUAGAGACUGUGGAUCUACAGUUCCUCGUUCCUGUCAGGACUGUGAACAAAAUCUUCAUAAAAGAGGGCGAUAUCAAGGUACAAAAUAGUAACCGGAAAGACAUUUGCAAAAUGUCUUACUAUCCUCGUGAAAAUCUGAAAACUACAACCCCAAACCCCAUUUCCGGAAGUAGCACUCUGCAGUACAACGCUUCUGGUAUAGGGCUCACACCAAUAAAUCCAGAUUUUCAACCAAUCAGAGGCAUGCUGGAGAGUUCGCAAUAUAUUUUUUGUGACAAUGUAGUUGGACCCUACCUGUGUGCAGUGGUCGACUGUACUGUGAAUAUGGUCAAACCUGAGGACAGUGAUAGCAGAACAUUCGUGAUGCCCUUUGACAUCCUCUUGAACAAUCUACCUGAACUUGAAAAGGGGAAAUCUUUUUAUACCUUUGUUACACGUGGUCGUGUGGUCCCUAACAAGCGAUCAGCUGUGCCAUUGGUGUUGAGCAAAAACGUAUCAGAAGAGAUUUAUGUUGCCAUUAUUCUUCCAAAUUCCUUCUCCCAAAGCGUAGAAGAGGUAGAUUUAGUAAUAAUCAUCAUCGGCUCCAUCGGAGGAUUAUUAUUAUUUAUUCUUCUGGGAGUUAUCUUGUGGAGGUGUGGAUUCUUCAAAAGAGAGAAAAGAAAACAAGUUGAAGAAUUUAAACGCAAAAGUCGAAAAAUCCGAAUGGAAUCUGUACGAAGCGGCAGAAGCGGUGCUGGGUCAAGUCGUUCCAAACCUUCAGAAGACCAAGAAACACUCAAUAAAAAAUUUGAUCAAAUGGACGAUACUUGUUUUACAACAUGAGUCUGUUUGCUGUCUAGCGUAAAAAUUUGUUUCAAAAUUAUUAAUGGAAUUGUCAAAAAAUGUUUAUGUGCAAGAAAACUCACUUGUUGCUCAAGAACAAAAUGUCUCAUCAAAUGAGAUUGUCCGUCGCAUUUUUAUUGGA